GAUGCCCUCAAUACAUGUAUCUCCUCUCGAAACCCUGAUCUAGCACUGCAAUUUUCCAUGGUCUAUAUACCCUCAGUCCGUGGCGAUAUUUCCCGUGGAUGCAUGGCAGAACAAUAUUCACUGACAAGGUUCAGUUCCCGGUGGAGGUAGAGGUCCUCCAUUGGGCGCGUUCAGUCACGAUGGCCCACUUUGCCACCAAGACUUUGGCCCUUCUAUCAUCUAACGCGGCUCUCCGUUCACCCAAAUCACGUCAUUGCGGUACCCACUGUCAACUGCAACGCGCCCAAGUAUGGUCAGUUCGUAAACUCACAACGCGAUCAUCACGGGCGCAGAAAAGAAUAUUCUACGGAUGAAAAUGACACGGUGCUGACAAAUUACUAGAAAUAACAUACAUAUCUAUAACUACCACGAAUACUUUCCAGGAUGCAGGGAGAAAACUCACUGCAGCUUCUUAAUACUCAGCUACCAUGGAUACAUUUGUUGGUGAAUGCACAAUGCGCCCUCGACUCGUAUUCCUUCCCUCUUCUUGUUGUCUCUUUACUCCUCUCAAGCUUCAAGGACAUACUCAAAAGUAUUGUACGAGAUCGGAAAGAGAAUAUUGUUCGCUAUGAAAGCGCCACGAUCUUGACAGGGUGCCAAGGCCAACUCUAGUCGACGUCACGAACAAACCUAUGACAAGGAUAAAUUCAGGUUCAAAUCACACGAUGAUCGAUCAUGCAUAUUAUUUCGAGUCAGCCCAACGAACUCAUCUGUAUUAUAUGAUUUGUGAUUAACCCACGCUGUACGAAAAUGCAAUGC